GUGCUAAUACUCAUUCUCCAGAGUUUAUUCUAUUUGAUGUAUUCAAUUCAGAAGUAUUGGCUAAUAAUAAAAUAGAAGUACUAGUUGAUGAUAAAGCUGAAGCUGAAGCCAAAAAGACUAGUGAUUUCUCUUUUUCAAAUAUAUAUAUAAUGAAUAUUCAG